CCUUCAGUUCCACCCUCUGAUCGCAAAGUAAAAGCCAUUGAAAACAGGUGAGCUCGAGCAGAACGGACCUCUAUGUGAUCAGUGAAGAUGUUCAAGAUGAAGAUGCUGGAAUGGGCCAUAGUCCUACUGGGCCUGCAGUCUGCAUAUGCAGAGUUUUUAGAAGAUGUUGGGGACAUGGGCUUAGAACCAUUGGAUGUUUUUUUGCCAACAACAGUCUUCCCCACUGUGUCAAAUCGGGUGACAACGUCAGAACCUAAUCGUCGAUCCACCUACUGUAGCACAUGGGGAAAUUUUCACUUCAAGACCUUUGAUGGUCAUUUCUAUCAGAUGGCUGACACAUGUAAUCACAUUCUGGCAGUGAUGUGUGAUGCACCUGUCUCAGAUUUUAACAUCCAAAUGCAAAGAACGAUUGUGAAUGGCUCGGUUACUUUCACCUCAGUCACAUUAGAGCUGGAGGGGACGACCAUCAAAUAUAGUCAAGGCAAGAUCUUCAUGGACGAACAAGAGGUAUCUAUUCCCAUGAGUCAGAAUGAAAUUAAAAUCGAGGGAAGCUCUUCGAGUGUUAAGAUCUCCAAAUAUGGGCUGACUGUUAUUUUGGAGGAAGAAGAUCACUCUGUGGUGAUUGAACUUGCUGAGAUGUACCGAGGUCAGACAUGUGGACUCUGUGGAAACUUCAAUGGGAACACGACUGAUGACGUAAUUGUAACAGAUCCAGAGACAUGGAAGGUGUCCACAUCAGCUGAACCCUGUGAAAAAGUUCCUCUUCCCCCCAGCAAUCAGUGUAAAAAACAGGUUGGCAUUUGUAAGGAGUAUCUGAAGAGUUCAGGGUUUGAUGAUUGUCGCCAUCUGAUGGACCUGAGUUCAUUUGAGAAAAUUUGUGCAGACGACCUUUGUCACUGCCCUGAAAACCAAGAGUGUGUCUGCAACACGCUUACAGAAAUAACACGACAAUGCACGUAUGCUGGUGGCAAGCCAGGAAUGUGGAGAACAGACAAACUCUGUCCAAAGACAUGUCCACUAAACAUGGUAUACAUGGAGUGUGCUGGCCCAUGCAAAAACACCUGCUCGGCCCCAAAUGGAUCCCUUCCUUGUAAAGAUAACUGUGUAGAUGGCUGUUUCUGCCCUGAGGGCACUGUGGAAGACAACAUUGGUAACAGUGGUUGCGUUCCUAUAAACAAAUGCCCAUGUAUGCACGACGGCACAAUGUACUGGCCUGGACAGUCAUACGAGCAAGCGUGUAAAAAAUGCGAGUGUGCUGCUGGACGCUGGAGUUGCACGGAUCUGGAAUGUCCUGGAAUCUGCUCUGUUGUGGGAGGCUCUCACGUCACCACCUAUGAUGGAAAAACUUACAGUAUUAAUGGCAACUGUGACUACAUCUUCACUAAGCAAUCUAAUGACAGCAGAAUCGCUGUUGUUGGAAAUCUGGACAAGUGUGAGCCGAGCCGAACAGACACGUGUUUGAAUUCUGUUACUCUGAUCAUGUCAGACACCAUAGUGACCACUGUAAUUUUUUCGUCCAAUGGGACUGUCAAGCUAAAUGUAAUCAGUCCAGAUAAGUUGCCAAUAAUCACAGAGCGACUGGCCAUCUACCAGCCCUCAUCAUCCUUCAUUAUCGCUGAAACAAAGAAUUUUCGUAUAGAAAUCCAAGUGUCUCCAAUCAUGCAGUUGUAUAUUGUAGCCAGCACCUCACAGAAAGGCAAAUUGAUUGGUCUGUGUGGGAACUAUAACGGUUUUCAGAAAGAUGACUUUAAAACACAUUCAGGCAUUAUAGAGGGAACACCAACAUCCUUUGUCAACUUUUGGAAACAAAACCGAUACGGUUGUCCAGAUGUUGAAAACACAGUUGACAACCCCUGCAGUCUGAGAGUGGAAACAGAAAAACUUGCAAAAGAUUGGUGUUCCCGUCUGAAGGAUCCAAAUGGAAUCUUCUCCUCGUGUCAUUCAGAAAUAUUUCCUGAAACUUACUAUCAAAAUUGCGUUUAUGACACCUGUAAGUGUGCUGAUAUUGGGAAGUGUAUGUGUGCUGCCCUCUCCGCCUAUGCCCAUGCAUGUGCCGCAAGAGGGAUCAUUCUCCACGGAUGGCUGGAUUCAUACCCCUGUGACAAAGUGUUCGAGUGUUCAGAAAAUAUGAAGUACUCCUACAAUGUGACCAGUUGUAGCAAAACCUGUCGUUCUCAAUUUAAAACCGACUACACCUGCGAAAUGUCUACACCUGUGGAAGGCUGUGUUUGUUCUAAUGGGACUUACCUAAAUGAUGCAGGGCACUGUGUGAAUGCUGACCAGUGUCCUUGUUACUAUAACGACCUGGUCAUAGAGCCAUCAGGAUCAACAAACAUAGAUGGUGCCAACUGCACCUGCACUCUCGGAAAAAUACAAUGCGACAGUCCAAAAGACUGUGUGGCUCCAAUGGUCUACGUCAAAUGUUCAAUUAAUGAACAUGGAAAAACAGGGGCAGAGUGUCAAAUGACAUGCCAGAACCAAGAUCCAAAUAACUGCGUCAGCACAGGUUGUGUAUCAGGUUGUAUGUGCCCAGAUAACCUGCUAGCCGAUGGUCAAGGUGGCUGUGUAGAGAAGGAAAACUGUCCCUGUUUUCACAAUGGAUUAUCUUAUUCAGCUGGGGAUGAGAUUCAAAACGAAUGCAACACCUGCAAAUGCACAAAAGGGAUGUGGAAUUGUACUGAUAAAGAUUGUUACGGCACCUGUACCAUCUAUGGUGAAGGUCAUUAUAAGACCUUCGAUGGAAGAAGAUAUUUUUACCAUGGAGGCUGUGAAUACAUCUUAGCACAAGAUUACUGCAACAUGGGGGAGAGUAAACACUCAUUACGCCUUGUUACAGAGAACAUUCCCUGUGGCUCCACUGACUUCAUUUGCUCCAAAUCUAUCAAUCUUUUCAUUGGGAGAUACAAGGUGGUUUUAUCUGAAGUGGAUGGAGUAAAAGUUGUUGAAACCAAUGGAACUGAUUACCAAUAUCAAAUCAAUUAUGUGGGGAUUUACACUAUCAUUGAGGUCAAAAAGCUUUUAAACUUAAUGUGGGAUGGCAAAACAACCCUGACACUCCAACUCCAUCCCAGUUUAAAGGGCAAAGUGUGUGGACUGUGUGGAGACUUUGAUGGGAAUGUAAAUAACGACUUUGUAAAGCACGAUGGAGAAGAUGUCAAAGAUGCGGUUGUGUUUGGGAAUAGCUGGAAAGUGAAACCAAGCUGCCCGGAAAUGAACAGUUCGAUACACCCUUGUGAGAAAAACCCUCACCGGAGUGCCUGGGCUCAUAGGCAAUGCAGCAUUAUUACAAGCAAUGUCUUUCAAGACUGCAAUGCACAUGUGGACUCUGCCCCAUACUAUGAUGCCUGUGUGAGGGACACCUGUGCAUGUGAUUCUGGUGGAGACUGUGAUUGUUUCUGUACAGCGGUGGCUGCUUAUGCGGCUGAAUGCCGAAAGAAAGAGGCUUGCAUUGAAUGGCGGACUCCAAAUAUUUGUCCUUUAUUCUGUGACUAUUACAAUGGCCCAGUGGGAGACUGUGAGUGGCACUACAGAGCCUGUGGUUCGGCCUGCAUGAAAACAUGCAAAAACCCAAAAGGAACCUGUUCCAAUCAAAUUCCUCUCCUAGAAGGGUGUUUUCCUAAGUGCCCUUCUGACAGGCCAUUUUUAAAGGAAGAAACCCAAAAAUGUGUCACAGAAAUAGAGUGUGCUCCUGUGUGUGUAUAUGAUGGGAAGGAGUUCACGAUUGGAGAAGAAGUGUACCACACCAAAGAUGAAAAUGGCUUGUGUUUCAAAGCUGUGUGUGGAUCAAAUGCAACAAUAAUUAGAUCUCAGGAAAAUUGCAUCACCACUGGUAUAUCCACAUCUACAACACCACAAGCACAACCAACUCAAGAGCCUAUCCUUGAAAAAUAAAGAAAUAAAGAAAUAAAUAAACAACCAACAACAUAACCAUAAACAGCAACUAAACCCCUGGUGUGUCCACAUCUACUGGACCAUCAACAGAACCAAAACAAUCAACCACAAAACCAUCAACAGUUACUCAUACCAUUGGUGUGUCCACAUCUACUGGACCAUCAACAACACAACUAUCAACAGCUACUUAAACCACUGGUGUGUCCACAACUAAAGGACCACCAACAAGAACAACAGAAUCAACAACACAACCAUUAACAGAGGAAACAACACAACCAACAACACAACUAUCAACAGCUACUCAAACCACUGGUAUGCCCACAUCUACAGGACCAUCAACAACACAACCAACAACAGCCAUUCAAACCACUGGUGUGUCUACAACUACAGGGCCAUCAACAGGAACAACACAAUAAACAACACAACCAUUAACAGAGGAAACAACACAAGCCGUACUUCCCGUAAUUUUGGCUAACGUUCUUUAACCUCCUAAGACCUGACAUAGACAUAAGUGGAUAUCAUAUUUUUGGUUGUUUGCACCAUAAUACUUAAUUCUGUGUAACUGGAACCUGUUGUACACAAACAAAGACAAUUAUACUGCUUCAUGUUCAAAGAAAAAUAUUUGGUUAUUACAUUUAUUGGUUCCUCCUAACCCCAAAUAGCUGGAAGAAACCUAAAAUGCAUGCCAAACCAAAGCUCGGGUCUUAGAAGGUUAAAGCUUCUCUUAAAGUUAUCAAAAAACAUUUUUGAAACAACAUUAGUACACCAUUUCCCUAACAUCACCUGCAAUUAAUAAACAUCCUUAAAACAUUAUCAUUAGAAACUUUAUAACUGCAUCUUUAGCAGAACUUUCUCAAACCAUUAACUUUGAAAAUGUUACCAUGGUUUAGGUAAUGUAACAUUCUUAAAACAGUAGCAUUGCAAACCUUAUAAUUGUAUUGUUAGUGGAACAUUCUAGACACCUUAGCAUUGAAAACAUUACCAUUGUGUAUGUAAUGUAACAUUCUUAAAACGUUACUAUAAAAACCUUCUAUAAUUGCAUCAUUGGCAAAACGUUCUAGACACCUUAGCAUUGAAAACAUUACCAUUGUGUAUGUAAUGUAACAUUCUUAAAAUGGUAGCAUUGCAAACUUUAUAAUUUUAUUGUUUGUGGAACGUUCUAGACACCUUAGCUUUGAAAACUUUACCAUUGUGUAUGUAAUGUAACGUUCUUAAAACGGUAGCAUUGCAAACAUUAUAAUUGUAUUGUUAGUGGAAUUCUAGACACCUUAGCAUUGCAAACAUUACUAUUGUGUAUGUAAUGUAACAUUCUUAAAAUGUUAGCAUAAAAAUUUAUCUUCUGGGGAUUUAAAGAAAUUUAAGUAAAUGUAAGGAUGAGUAUAAUAAAAAGGCCUAGUUCUGGAUUAAUAAACCCUAUCCGGGA